GCUGGAGGCGCACUAAAGGUCUUUUGGACCCUUUGGGUUCCCGUCGCUGCAGCCGCUCCGGGCACUCUCCUUCUGCGCCUGCGCGCUGCGGGACACCGUCCAUUUCUCCAUCUACCGGGAAGGACGUUGGUGUGGAGGACAGGCGCUGCCAUGGCUUCCGGCGCUUUGACUAAACCUCAGAUGCGGGGGCUUCUGGCCAAGCGUCUGCGGUUUCACAUCGUAGGGGCAUUCACGGUUGCCCUGGGGGUUGCAGCUCUCUAUAAGUUUGGUGUGGCUGAACCAAGAAAGAAGGCAUAUGCAGAUUUCUACAGAAAUUAUGAUUCCAUGAAAGAUUUUGAGGAGAUGAGGAGGGCUGGCAUCUUUCAGAGUGCUAAGUGAUUUUGGAUAUAAAGAAUUUCUUUGGAUUGAGGUCCUUAGAAGUUUGUACUGAUUUGGCCUCCUGAACUAUAAAACAUGAAUACGUGGGAUAAGGAAUAGUUUUUCUUGGUAAAUAAACAACUAAAAAAUAC